AUGUCCGAUCUUGCGAAUCGUAUCACGAGCCCCGACGAACCGGACAAUGCAGCAGCUUCAGAUGCCCAAGUUGAUGGCGCAUCCGCUGCCAUUGGCGGCUCUGCCCUACACGAAGCCGAAGGUGACGUCGAAGUGACCAUCAGUGGUGAUAACGCUGCUCCCAUCUACUCGGCUGCUACAUGGCAAGACUUGGGACUGCCCGAACCGAUCUUGAAGGGCCUUCUAUCAGAGAAUUUCUUGAAGCCUUCCAGAAUUCAAGGCAAAUCCCUACCGCUCAUGCUUAGCAAUCCCCCCAAAAACAUGGUUGCCCAGUCGCAGUCCGGUACCGGCAAGACUGUUGCUUUCCUCACAGCUAGUCUGUCUCGUGUCGACUUCACCCAGCCGGAACAGCCACAGGCUUUGAUCCUGGCCCCUACGCAAGAACUUGCGGACCAGAUUUACAGAAACAUUCUCAAUAUUGGACGAUUUAUCGAAAACCUCAAGGUUGCGCUUGCCAUACCCCAGAAAAUUCCUCGAGGAGAAGCAGUUCGAGCUAGCGUUGUAGUUGGUACUCCGGGCACAGUUUUGGAUUUGGGCCGUCGCAGGCAGCUUGACGGUUCUAAGCUCAAAGUACUUGUCCUGGAUGAGGCUGAUAACAUGCUGGACCAGGCUGGUCUGGGCGACCAAUGCCUUCGAGUGAAGCGCCACCUUUUGCCACCCGACACCAGUGCCAGUACUCAGGCACUACUCUUCUCCGCUACGUUCCCGGCACGAGUACAGGAAUACAUCCCCAAGUUCGCACCGAACGCAAACACUUUGACUCUAAAAGCCAAAGAGCUCACCGUCAAGGGCAUUUCGCAGAUGUUUAUAGACUGCCCAGACGAAAAUGCGCGGUAUGAUACUCUUUGCAAACUAUAUGGGUUGAUGACUAUUGGACAGUCGGUCAUAUUCGUAAAGACCCGAAAGAGCGCCAGUGAAAUUCAACGGCGCAUGAGUGGCGACGGUCACAAGGUGACCGUACUGCACGGAGAGUUUGACAGUAGCGAGAGACAAGAGUUGCUCGCCAAAUUCCGCAGUGGCGAGAGCAAGGUUCUCGUCACUACUAAUCUGUUAUCCCGUGGAAUCGACGUUUCCAGUGUCUCGAUGGUCAUCAACUAUGAUAUUCCCAUGAAGCCCGGUCCAAAAGGUGAGGAGCCUGAUGCCGAGACGUAUCUGCACCGUAUCGGCCGAACAGGUCGAUUUGGCCGUAUUGGUGUCAGCAUCAGUUUCGUCUACGAUCAAAAGAGUUUUGAUGCUCUUAACGCUAUUGCUUCGCACUUUGGCAUCGACUUGGUGAACUUGCCCACGGAUGAUUGGGAUGAAGCUGAAGAGAAGGUCAAACACGUUAUCAAGAAGAACAGCGCACAAGCCAACUAUGUCCCCAAGGUGGAUGAGGGCAAUCAGGGCGGUGCUGCGCCUGCCUCCUAG